AUGUGGCCUUCUCAAACAUGGCAAAAGUUGAGUGACACUAAUUGGUCAAAUGUGACCCUUCAUCUUGAGACGUCCCUUACCAACGCACUGAAUCACUUCCUGGAUAACUGGAGGCGCAACGUGACUGCUGCAAGCAACUCUCUGGACAAGACUCUGGCUGAGGAGAACUUCAGGGACGUGAUCUGGUAUCUCGCCGUGAUGAUCGGCAUGUUUGCCUUCAUUUUUGUGGCCAUGCUGGUGAGCACAGUCAAAUCUAAAAGGAGGGAGCACUCUAAUGACCCCUACCACCAAUACAUCAAGGAGGACUGGACUGCUCAAAAACAGCAGGGCGAUGUCAUAGCUAAUUUUGAGGCUAGAUAA